AUGAUUCUCGAUGACAACCUCUUCGCCAUCAUACGGUCAUUGAAUGACGCACGGCGGGACUUGCCCGACGCCACCCGCGAAUGGAGGAUUUGGGCUGAGGCUCCGUGCAUCCACCAGGAGGAGAUCCCGAAGGAAGCCCCCAUAAGGGACACCUGUUCAACUGCCCACAAUACUAUCCUCUGCGUCGGGAGUCUCACCGACGGGGCUGCCAAGUCGUUUCCUGCUCACUAA